CCAGUCCAGUGUCCUUGGAGGGUCACAUGUCGGUUCAACUCAGCAAUUUGUGUAAGUCCACUUGCGCAGCUCCUGAGAUCUCACCGAGAGGCUGAUCACCAGUUUCAGGUUUUCUCUCUCUAUUGGGAGACUGCCUUUCCCUGGCCCCACUGGGUCAAUUAUCAUUUUAGAGGGAGCAUAACAACCGCCUGACUGUCGCCUGAUGGUUGCCUGAGGUUCCUGGUUGGAAGCGUGGCCCUCCCCUGCCCUGUUCGAGUCUGACUAGCUACCUGCUGUCACUCCCCUUCCCUUUUAAGGACUUUUCUGGAAUAUUGCCUGUGCCACCUGCUUUUAUUCGCUGGCCAGAACUUAGUUACUGGCCAUCCCCGUGGUCUGUAUAGGAGACUGCACAAUGUGUAUUUCAGGCGUUGGGCGUCAUGUGUAGCCGCCGGAAUGCCUGUUCAGCCAUGGUCCAGCCUGAACGAGCGCGCCUCUUGCUUCAUUUUGCGGGGGAGCUGCUGCUUGCCCGCGGUCACCCCAGCGGUCUGGCUGAGCCCUUAGCGCGCAGGGCCGCUCACGCCCCUCGGGGAUCCACCCCAAGGAGCGCGGUCCUGAGGACCUGCCGGGCCUUUACCCCCGCGGAUUUUGGCUCUUCGCUGUUUCCCUUUGGAGAAGCAAAAGAAACGGUGCCCCUCGCGGUUUCUGCGUUUCCCCCGCGUUGCCAGCGUCCACUCGCGCCGCGCCCCUCGCCCGGAGCCGCCCCUCCCAAGGGCGAUAACCCGGAGGGCAACGGCCGCGGGCGGCGCUGCGGUGGCAAUGGCGGCGCCCCCUGCACCAGCCACCGAGGGGUCCCCGCAACCGGAGCCGCACGCCCCGGAGCCCGGCCCGGGGAGCGUCAGGCGAGAGCGAGAGGGCGUUCUGUGGCCUCCCCUGACCACCUCAGCCCCCAGCCUGGUUCAGGGCGUCCUACCAGGCACCUCGGAGCACAGGAUUGCGUCCCACAAGAAAGUGAGGACAGCAGAGCCAGUCGCCUCUCAUUCUGUACGAAGGUGUGCUAUGGCAUUGGUGGGGUCCCCAACCAGAUAGCCUCUAGCGCCACAGCCUUUUACCUGCAGCUCUUCCUGCUUGAUAUAGCACAGAUCCCUGCCGCCCAGGUGUCACUUGUUCUGUUUGGGGGGAAAGUGUCAGGAGCAGCUGCUGAUCCUGUGGCUGGAUUCUUCAUCAACAGGAGCCAGAGGACGGGAUCUGGACGGCUCAUGCCUUGGGUGCUGGGCUGCACCCCCUUCAUCGCCCUGGCCUACUUCUUCCUGUGGUUCCUGCCCCCCUUCACCAGCCUGCGAGGCCUCUGGUACACGACCUUCUACUGCCUGUUCCAGGGCCUGGCCACGUUCUUCCAGGUACCCUACACGGCACUCACCAUGCUGCUGACCCCCUGCCCAAGGGAGCGCGACUCGGCCACUGCCUACCGGAUGACUGUGGAGAUGGCGGGAACACUGGUGGGGGCCACUGUCCAUGGGCUCAUCGUGUCUGGCGCCCACAAACACCACAGGUGCGAGGCCACUGUGACCCCGGGGCCAGUCACCAUCUCCCCCAAUGCGGCCCGUCUCUACUACAUUGCGGCUGCCGUGGUUGCGGUGACUUACCCCGUGUGCAGCAGUUUACUGUGCCUAGGGGUGAAGGAGCGGCCAGACCCCUCCACCCCAGCCUCAGGCCCAGGCUUGAGUUUCCUGGCUGGGCUGGGCCUCACUACCCGGCACCCGCCCUACCUGAAGAUGGUGAUCUCCUUCCUGUUCAUCUCUGCUGCUGUUCAGGUGGAGCAGAGCUACCUGGUCCUGUUCUGUACACAUGCCUCCCAGCUACACGACCACGUCCAGGGCCUGGUGCUAACCGUCCUGGUCUCAGCUGUGCUGAGCACCCCGCUGUGGGAGUGGGUUCUCCAGCGCUUUGGGAAGAAGACGUCAGCCUUCGGGAUCUCUGCGAUGGUGCCCUUUGCGAUCUUGCUGGCUGCUGUGCCCACAGCACCUGUGGCUUAUGUCGUGGCCUUUGUAUCUGGCGUGAGCACUGCUGUGUCCUUGCUGCUACCCUGGUCCAUGCUGCCAGAUGUGGUGGAUGACUUUCAGCUGCAGCACCAUCACGGGCCAGGCCUGGAGACCAUUUUCUACUCCUCCUACGUCUUCUUCACAAAGCUGUCUGGUGCAUGUGCCCUGGGCAUCUCCACCCUCAGUCUGGAGUUCUCGGGGUACAAGGCAGGGGCCUGCAAGCAGGCAGAGGAGGUAGUGGUCACCCUCAAGGUCCUCAUCGGCGCCGUGCCCACUUGCAUGAUCCUUGCUGGGCUCUGCAUCCUCAUGGUCGGCUCCACUCCAAAGACGCCCAGUCAGGACGCCUCCAGCCGGCUGAGCCUUCGGAGGAGGACCAGCUACAGCCUGGCGUAAAGCUUGAGAGGGUGACCGUGAAUGGACACAGGAGCCAGCACCCUUGGGGUCUGACAUCGCCCUCCUCCGCCCUUCAGCACCCGGCCUGGCAGUUUAGCGCUCGGUCUUUUUCCCCGGGAUGUGGAGUCUUUGGCAACAUGUCCUGAAGGGACUGGCCUGUGCUUCAGGACCCCACUUGGCAUUCCUUGUCUGUUGCCUUCAGACUAUCUCAGAUAGACCUGUGUCCCUGACUAGGCCAGUAGCACCUGCCUCUAGAAAAAGGAAGCUCCUGCCCAACCUGGCUUGUGGACCCUGUGGGAGCCCCAGGCCCAACAACCUGCCCACGUGGAUAGCAAAGCUCCCCGACAGAAGGACAGACACAAGGACUCUUGUUUGUCCCAGGGCUCCAGUGGACAUCUGCUGAGGACACAGAGAGGUGAGAGUCACCACGUGAAUGGGCAGAGUGUGGACAGGCAGAUAUGCCCAAGAUGUACGAUUAGGGAGACCAGACAGACCCAGGGAGGCCAAUGGGCCCCAGGGAGAACGGGACAGCAGUGGGGAUGGGGACUGAGCAGGGUGGGCGCUGAGGUGCUCCUCAAGCCUCUCCCAGUCCCCAACCAUUGAUGCGACUGUUUCUAUCAGGGUCAGAAAUGGCUAUCGAGCCAGCAAAGAUCCAUCAUUUUCACAAA